GAAACUUUCUAGGAACAAUCCACCCCUCUCUGCUCUCUUCUCUCUCAUCCCCUGAUGAUGACUUGGCAUGGAAGCUACCCAAAAAAUAAACACUUGUCAUUGAGCUUAGUUGUGUCUAUAUAGCAGCAGGUAGCAGCUGCAAGAACGACGAACAAGACAGCUACUUGUCGUCGCGCCCGCGCCGCCCCAGCGAGCGGCAUGACCCCCGACGCCGCCUUCGCGCUGGAGAUCGCCGUGGUGGCCGCCUUGGUGGCGCUCAUCGUCGCCAUCGUCGUGGCCUCCUCGGGCGCCUGCCGCGACCCUGCUGCCGGCGCGGGGCGCGGCGCCGCGGUGCACGACGUCGAGCGCGCGCUCGGGGCCGGCACGCUCGUGACGUACGACCAGGCGAAGAAGGCGGGGAGCGGCGGCGGGACGGCGGGCGAACGCUGCGCCAUCUGCCUGUCCGACUACGCCGGGGGCGGCGAGCUCGUGCGGGUGCUGCCGGCGUGCGGCCACUUCUUCCACGCGGAGUGCGGCGUCGACGGGUGGCUCCGGAAGGGCGGGGCGUGCCCGUACUGCCGCGCCGCGCCGUGGCCGCUGCCGAGGCCGGCGAGGCCGGAGUGCGCCCCGAUGCCGCCGCGAGCGAGCGGGCCGCGCCACCACGGUCGGCCCGCCGGAGUGGGCGGGGGCGAAUCAGCUCCUGCUUCUACUGCUGAUUGUUAAUUACCUGCUAGGAUUCUUGAUAAGCUUAUUUCACUAUGCACCCAAUGGGCAACAUCUGAGGAAACAAAUGGCCAUUGUAUUCGACGAAAAGGGGAAAAUGUCCAUUUUUUUAGGAGGGAAUGGAGAAUUAAUCUGCAC